AUGACUGGACGACCGACUCGCAGUGCAAAUGCCACAUAUGGUCUCAAUGCUGGCAACACUGUGAAUGUUUAUGCUCCCUUUACUUCCCAGAUGGACUGGGACAUUGCCAAAUGGGCGAAGCUACAUGGGACAGGAUCAACAGCAUUUACUGACUUGCUUGCAAUUGAUGGGCUCAGUGAUCGCCUCGGUCUUUCAUACCAGAACUCAAAAGAGCUAAAUAAGAUCAUUGACAAGGACCUUCCUGGACAACCAAAGUUCAAGUGCGAACAAAUCGUCAUCGCAGGUGAAGCAUUUGAUGUCUUCUAUAGAGACAUCAUUGAAUGUAUCAAAGCUUUGUACGGUGACCCCGACUUUGCUGAUUUUCUCAUAUUCGCACCUGAGCGUCACUAUGCCGAUGAAGAUCACACUGUAUGGCUGUUCCAUGAUAUGCACACCGGCAAGUGGUGGUGGGAUACACAGAUGUUGCUUGAUCAGCGACGUCCAGGAGCCACAGUCAUCCCCAUUAUUAUAUCAAGCGACAAAACCCAGGUGACAAUGUUCAGGAACAAAAGUGCCUACCCCGUUUAUCUUACCAUCGGUAACAUUCCAAAAGAAAUCCGCCGAAAGCCAUCCUGUCACGCCCAUAUCCUCCUGGCAUAUUUGUCCACUACCCGCCUUGAGCACAUCACAAAUAAAGCUUCAAGACGCCGUACCAUGGCAAACCUCUACCAUGCGUGUGUGAGCCGUGUACUGGCUCCACUUAAGACUGUGGGUAUUGAUGGGCUGGUGAUGAGUAGUGGUGAUGGCGCACAGCGUCAUUGUCAUCCUUUAUUCGCAUGCUUUGCUGGCGACUAUCCUGAACAACUACUUGCGACUGGAGUGAAGGCAAUGGAAUGUCCAAAAUGUGAUAUUCCCACUGCGGAACUCCAGAGUAACACGGCACCGUUCGAGCUACACGACCUUCACGCUGUCUUGGAUGCUCUUGUCAGCCUUGAUGACGGUGACCUGGUGUUUGUACAGGCAUGUCGUGUGGCUGGAAUCAAACCCAUCAUCCACCCAUUCUGGGAGGACCUGCCUUAUGUGAACAUCUUCCAGGUGAUCACUCCUGAUGUAUUGCACCAGUUAUAUCAAGGUCUCAUCAAACAUUUGCUUGGAUGGCUGGCACAAGCAUGUGGUGCAGCGGAGAUUGAUGCACGAUGCCGUCGCUUACCUCCCAAUCACCACAUUCAAUUAUUCAUGAAGGGUAUUACAAGUCUCUCACGUCUCAGCGGUACUGAGCAUGGUCAAAUAUGCCGAUUCCUUCUUGGUAUCAUUAUCGACAUCCGACUUCCUGGAAAUCUUGCUUCGUCUCGCCUCCUUAAGGCUGUACGCGGUCUUCUCAACUUCCUUUACCUCGCGCAGUACCCAUGUCAUAGCUCUGAAACACUACUUUUACUGGAUGAAGCUCGUGCUCUCUUUCACGACAACAAGGAGAUUUUUGUCAACCUCGGAAUCCGAAACAACUUCAACCUCCCAAAGCUCCAUGCAGGACGUCACUAUCCAUCUAUGAUCCGAACGUUCGGAACAACAGAUAAUUACAACACGGAGUACACAGAACGACUACAUAUUGAUCUUGCCAAGGACGCCUACCGUGCAACUAAUCAUAAGGGUGAAUUCACGCAGAUGACACAAUGGCUGGAGCGGAAGGAGAAGAUCAUUCGUCACGAGAAGUUUGUCAAAUGGUGUCUUGAGGGAGAUCAUGCUCCUCGUCAUCCACAUCCGCCUGACUUGCGCUUUGACUGCACCCAAAAAUUGAUGAAGCAUCCAAGUAUUAAAGCCGUGACUAUUCCAAAAUUGAUCUCCGACUAUGGUGCAACCUAUUUCCGAGAGGCCCUCGCUCAUUACAUUGCACGACAGCAGAAUCCAAACGAGGUGAUCACUCGUCAGUGCCUAGAAAACCUUGCUGCCGGUAUCCAUCUGCCAUUCCACGCCGUCCCUGUAUAUCACAAGAUAAAGUGGUUGUCGACCGACGCUCGGGGACACGGCAAUCCGCUUGUCACAGUGGAUAGCAUACAUUCUAGAUCCCAUUACACCGCCCUCCGAGUAAAUGAUGUGGUACCAGCACGUUUUGAUACUGCACUUAUCAAUGAUGGUACCGGCGGUCUUGUCGGGGUCAAAGGCUUCCGUGUAGGUCAAAUUCGUGUUGUGUUUUCAAUGCCAGCAUUGGCAAUACAGUCUUUGUUCCCUCCAGAAAACCAACCUCCCAAGCACCUCACAUAUGUCGAGUGGUUUACCCCCUUUCCUGCAACACCGGAUCCGAGGCACGGCAUGUACAAAAUUAGUCGGUUCAUCAAGUCUGGUGAGAGAGUCACAAGUAUCAUCCCUGUUUUGAAUAUCACCCGCAGCGUCCAUCUCAUCCCAAAGUUUGGAGCCGUUGCACCACGGCACUGGACAAGCGACAAUGUCCUCGAUGAAUGUGAUACGUAG